ACAACAAAACAUAUCAGACAACAAAGUAUAAAAAAUUAAUAUAAAAAUCGAUUUUUUUUUUUUUUUGUAACAAUGAAAAAGAAAAAUUAAUUAAAAUAAACAAAUAAAAGAAACGAAAACGGAAACAACCGUAACAAUUGAAAAUAAAAAAGAAAAAUGUCACUUAAACGUUUUGCCAUGUUGGCAGCAAUAUCGUAUCAAAAUCAGCAAAAUUAUAAUAACAAUAAUAACAACAACAGUAACAACACUAAUUACUAUAAUAAUAAUAACAACAACAAUAGCACUUAUAAUAAAAAUGAAACUCAAACAACAUUUGCAACCACAACUACAACCGAAUCAGCUACAACAAAAAUUAUAAAUAGUAACAAAUCAACAUUGAUACAAUUGAAACAACAGCAGCAACAACAAUCACAACAAAUAAUUGCAGCAACAACAUCAAAAUCUUCUUCAUUAACUCCUUCAAUUCAUCAUAAUGAUAAAGCAAAUGCUACGACCUCCAUACAUAGAAAUGAUAACCAUCAUCAUGAAACUGAUGACACCAGCAAUGGUAUUUCUGAUGAUGACUCUUCGUCCAAUUAUAGCAGUGAAAGUAGUGAAAUUUUAGAUUUUAGUCAACACUCCUUACCGCCUGAACGUCAGCCUUCUAAUACUUAUACCAGUACCACUUACUAUGGCAGUGGUUUCGGUGUGUUUCAUCAACAGAACAUACGUUCGAAUGGUGGUGGUAUUGCUCUGAUAACUGGAAGUAGUUCUAGUAAUGGUCUCGGCAGUGGAUCUUAUUCGAAUGGCAUCAAUAAUAAUGUGAAUUUAUUGUUGGGAGGUGCCAUGUUAACAUUGAUUACCACCAUUUUGUGUGUUGUCUGUUACUGUUGUCAUCGCAACAUUAAAAAACGUACCGAAGCCGCGUAUCGACAACAACGUCAGUGGUUGGAAAAUGAUCCAAAUAUGGAAAUUUAUAGUGUGGAACAGUGCUACGAAACAUCCGGUCUCUUUGUGGGCGAUUCUAUGGAUGGUUUGGCCACAAUACCAGCACUUCAUCAUGAACCACCACCCUCUUACGAUGCUGUGGUAGCAAUGCAAGAACAACAGCAACUACUAAUACAACAACAUCAACAGCAAUUAUUGAUGCAGCAACAAUUGUUGCAACAACAAUUGCCUACAAAUAAUUCACCACCACCUGGCUAUAGAUCAUCAUUAGAUGUUAGUUCCAUAAUACAGGGUAGGGUGAAUGCACUGGGAGGAGUCUUGGGUGUGGGUGGAUCUAUUAUAAGUGGCAUGGAAAUUAAUUCUUUGGCUUCAUCUGAUGCUAAUAUCAGAACAGCUACUAGUCAUUCUCCUAUAGAUCCUUUGCUAAACUAUAAUGAUGUCAAUGGUAAUAUGGCAAAUGCCUUAACCGUAGCCACUACAACUCCCACAAAUAAUCGUGCAACUGUUAGCUAUUUACGCAACAAACAGCAGCAGCAGCAACAACGAAAUGUUGGGCCUAAUCAAUUGAGUCAGUUGAAUAUGAAAAAGGUGUUGCAGGCUCAAUCCUGCUGUUCACUACAACGAGCCGAAGUGGAAAAUAUGUGGAAUGCAGCAGCAGCAGCUUUAGCAGCCAGAUCUGCUCAUUUACCCAGCGAGUCGAGGGCUUCAACGACAGCCUCUACUAGUUCACCUACUUUAGCCAUGAAUGCCCGCAAACUAUCACAGGGUUAUAACACCUCCAAAUCGAAUACACCCGAAACAUUUGGCAGUCGUUAUCUUAAGCAAAAUUACUAUAGGCGUGGCUGUCCCUUGUGUGGUAAAUUUCGUUACGAUAAUGAUUCAAUACUCUCCAUAUCAAUGGAAAGUAAUUUAGAUACAUUAGCAGGUGCCUUAGCGGAAGAACAGGCGGCCACAAAUGGGCAGGAGGGAAGCAGUGAAAGCACACAAAAUAGUUUGAAUAAUAACGACAAUUUAACAAAUAAUUUACAUGAAAAACAACAAAAUGCGAAUGAAUGUACGAAUGAAACAGAUGAUAUUGAGGAGGCCGAUAUAGAGGAUGAAGUCGAUGACAAUGAUAAUGAUAUAGAACAACAAUGUUCAUGUGCGAAUACAAAAAGAAAAUUUAAACAACAAAAUCAUUAUCAAAAAGUUAACACACAACAGGAUAAUACAGAAGAGAUAGAAGAAUCUUUGCAACAGGUGGAAAUCACUGUUCCUGAACUAAUACCUAAUAGAGAAGAAGCUACAGCAACUGCUAACAUGCCAACAGCAGAUGCUAAUGCCAAUUGUGCAAUAGCAACAGCAAGACAAUCAACAUAUCAAGACCCCUCUAAUCAUAACAAUAACAAUAAUAAUGAUAAUGAUAUUUUAGAAGAUUCCUUGCCAUCUACAUCAGCCGCAACGGCAGUCACGACCCCACACAUAGUAGCCUCUACUUCCUCCGAUGCUUCAACACCAACCUCGGUAACCAUUAAUUUGGAUUGUAUCAAUGAGAAUGGCAUCAUUAGUUUGGAUAUGAGUAAAAUUAUUGAUAAAACUGGUCUACCCACCUAUGAUGCAGCCUUAAAACUAGAAUCCAGUGGUUACGUUUGAUAAUUUUGAAUUUGGAAAUUUACUUUCUUAAGAAAAACACACACACACACAAAAGUGCUUUAUAGUAUUAAUGGGAUAAGAGGAUAUUUGAAAUAUUUGAA